GUUAGAGCUUGGAGGUUCUGGCUUUUGUGGAGCUUUUCUUUGGGCGGACGGUAGACAACCCCUGCACUCGAGCUCGUCACCGACUGGUUGGGUGGGGCUGUUGACACCCCUAAUUAAGGUACAGGGGUGUGCGUACCGUGCAUGCUGACUGGCGCACUGUCGACGUCAUUAUCCCUCCCUCCUUUGAAAGGACGGAAUAGUGUACCAGGACCCUGCUGUGCUACUGGCGUGCUCCGUACGAACUCCGAAUGACAGAGUCAGGUAGGUAAGGUAUGGAUGUGCACUUGCUCCUUCCCGAUUGUCGAGCCCACCCGGCCUUCCCAUCUACUUCCCAGUCUAUAAUGGAGCUUUCAAAGUCGGAUUAGACUUCAGAGUUCAGGCCCGCUGAACGGAGCAAAACGCCUAGAACCUCGAGCCUGAGCCCCAAGCAGCAACCAUGGCAGCACUGGUCCCGCGCAAGGCCUACACGGACGAAGAGCUAAGACACCUCUAUCCCCAUGGUCUCGAGCUGCAGCUCGUGCAGGUGCUGAUGCGCCAUGGCGAGCGGACUCCGGUCUCGGCAAGAUUCCAGAAGACGGGACUGCCCGCCUUCUGGCCCUACUGCGCUAGCGUCGUCCACCUCAAGUCGGCCGUCAUGACCCUCGCCCGCGGUCCGGGCGACGGCUCCCCCUUCGACACGUUCCAGUGGAAGCGCCACCUCGAGACGUUCGGCCAGAACGACGAGCCCGUCGUCGCCACAGGCCCCGGCGGCGAGCUGGACAAUGUCUGUGACAUGGGCAGCCUCACCGACCAGGGCCGCCAGACUACCUACAAGCUGGGUCUACGCCUGCGCGAGCUGUACGUUGACCGCCUUGGCUUCUUGCCUCGCACCACCAGCUCCCUUGACUUUCUCUACCUCCGGGCCACGCCAGUCACGCGCGCCCUCGAGUCUCUCCAGCAGGCUUUCGCCGCCCUGUAUCCCCCGUCGGGCCUCGAGGCCGACGAGCGCGGCAGAUAUCCUGUCCCCACUAUCCUGACGAGGGCUCCCGCAGACGAGACGCUCUACCCAAACGACAGCAACUGUCGCCGGUUUGCCGCUCUGUCGAGGGCCUUUGCCCAGCGAUCUGCCGACAGGUGGAAUGCCACUGACGAGAUGGACUACCUCAACAAGCUGUACUCCAAGUGGAUGCCCUCCAACUCGCGUGUUGCCGUCGACUCGCGCCCGCGCCUCUCGGGAAUCAUGGACACGAUAAACUCUACGGCCGCCCACGGCCCCGAGACAAGGCUGCCGCAGGAAUUUUACGACGGAAAGGCCAAGGAGAUCAUCGAGAAGAUUACCGUUGAAGAGUGGUUUGCCGGCUUCAAGGAGUCUCGCGACUACCGCAUGCUUGGCGUUGGCGGUCUCUUGGGAGACGUUGUGGGCCGCAUGGUUGGCAGUGCCGAGCAAACCUCGGCCGACGGCGAGAGCGAGAUCGCGGCGCAAAAGGGGCAGCCUAGUCCCCGCAUCAAAUUCGGUCUCAGCGGCUGCCAUGACACGACUCUCGCUGCCGUGCUAGCCAGCCUAGGCGCCUUUGAUACCAACUCGUGGCCUCCGUUCACGAGCCAUAUCGCCAUCGAGAUGUUCCGCAAGUCCGACAAGCAGGCUCCGUCCGCCAAUAGGCCCACGGUGGCUGCCGCGCGGCCAAAACGGAGCUGGUGGGACGCUUUGUCCUUGGGGACAAGCACACCACCCCCCGACAUUGGACGCAGGGUCACGGCAGACCUGACGCCUAGCGAGAAGAAGAAGCUAGACGGGUACUACGUGCGUCUCCGGUACAACGACGAGCCAGUCACCAUCCCAGGAUGCAAGACGCCCGGAAACCACCUCGAAGGCGAUGAAUCGUUUUGCACUCUGGCUGCCUUUAAGGCUAUUGUGGACAAGUUCACUCCUCGAGACUGGAAGCAGCAAUGCCGGAUAGAUAGAAAUAUACCGACACCCCAGAUAAAGGAGCCCGAGUGGGCGGGAUACUGAUACGAGGCGCGGGAGUAUCACAACACGUUCUGGAUUGCCCCCCCCCCCAAAAAAAAUUUAAAAAAAUAAGCACACUUGACUUGCUGCCCCGAGAGGCGGCAAGCUACCCCUCAUGUGGAGCCGAACAACGAUGGCCAUUUCAGAAACUGGUUGGGUGGCACUCUUGAUGUCAGCAGGUCGUGCAGCAAGGGCGGGACAUAAGGUGCUCGGAGAUGGCACACACCCAGUAGACUGUCACGGUAGAAGCUGAGCCAUGGCUUACUUGGGCGCCACAGCGAGAUCCCUGACGUCUCGAAGGGAUAAGAGGUGCGAGCUACUGCUCUGGCUGUGCUGAAGAUUGCAGAAAGGCCAAUAUAACAAUAUACCCCGGCCGUCAAUGGAGUAGUAUGAAAUAACACAUUAAUAAAUCUCUC